ACAAUAUUUUUUUUUAAUCCAGAAACCAUUUCGAAUUUUUCCCGCUUUUUUCUUCUCCCGCCUUUUUCUCCGCUUACGACAGCCAAUCAAAGCCCUGGGAUUUCGAUCCUCAAGCCAUUCCACUGCUGACAUAUAGCUAACCAAUAGAAAUUCUGGAACUUCGAUUCCAAUGUGUUCUACUAGUUUUCGUUGAGGUAGGACUUGAUUUAGGCCAAUCAUAACAUGGGAUUUUCGAUCCGAAAGCCAGUAAAGUGAGAAAGUGUAAUUUCGAUCCGCCAUACUCUCAUAUAAAUAGUGGUCGGUAAUAACUGCUCAUCAGUUUGAUUCCAAAACUACUUGCGUUUGAUAUUCUAUGCGAUAAAAUGCCGCCAAAAGUCAAAGCAGCAAAGAAAGGAGGGAAGAAGCAGGCCGGAGACAAGAAAAAGAGGAAUCGUAGACGCAAGGAGAGCUAUGCUAUCUACAUCUAUAAAGUCCUUCGUCAAGUCCACCCCGACACCGGUAUCUCGAGCAAGGCCAUGGGCAUCAUGAACUCGUUCGUGAACGACAUCUUCGAGCGCAUCGCUGGUGAGGCUUCCCGCCUAGCACACUACAACAAGAAGCACACCAUCUCUUCCCGAGAAGUCCAAACGGCCGUUCGUUUGCUUCUCCCCGGGGAGCUGGCCAAACACGCCGUGAGCGAGGGAACCAAGGCCGUCACCAAGUACACCAGCAGCAAGUGAACGGCACAGUCCGUGCUGCACCAAACAACGGCUCUUUUAGGAGCCACCACUUCUUAGAAAGUGAAUGAUUGUGAUUGCUCUCCGAUAUGUGUGGAAAUAAAUAAAUGCUUACCAACCUCU